AUGAGUAAUAUAUUUCUACGUUGUCAGGUCAAGUUUGUUGAGAAGGUGUGGAUUACUGAGAUAAAUAUCUAUGAAACAUUAAAUGCUGGGGCCGUCAAAAGAAUAUUGGCAAAGAACAAAGUUGACCAGUGGAUUGAGAUUUUUAAGGUUUCACAGGCACAUUUAGUCAGGAAGUCUAGAAUAUUUUCACCCGAACUACAAAAAGUAAAUUUUCCUGUAAACGAGCUAAGAAUCGAAGUUGAUUGUUCCGUGUCCCAUUCAUGGGUUGAGAUUGACGCAGUUGAAAUUGUUGGAGGUGAAGGGGAUUGUCCAGAACAGUUUGAGAAGCUCUGGGAUUCCUGUUAUCUCAUCAAAAAAGAUAAUGUUUCAGCAGACACAGCAUUUGCUAAAUGUUUAGACAUGGGUGGAUAUCUGGCCAACUUUGAAACACUUGAAGAGGCUUUGCAAAUGAAAGAAUUUCUAAAGAAAAUGAUUACAGGAAUUCACUUCUACGUUGGGGGAAGAAACAUCAACAGAAGAAAGCCCGGUGGGGAUUGGAGAUGGAUCAAGCACGGACAAAUGACUGAGAUGAAAUAUCACGCCUUUGGAGCCGGACAGCCCAAUGGAUCAGACAGUUCUCCCCAAGACUGCAUGUUCUUUUAUGCAGGAGAACAAUACAUGUUCCACAGCGUCAAUUGUGAUGAUGGUACACACCUUGGUGGUUAUAUCUGUGAAGCAUGAAAAUUGUUCAUUUCU